CUUAUAAGUACAGUUAUCAUAUCAGUAACACCCCGUCUCAAACGAAGACCUUAAUCAUUCAUUCAUUAGACGAGUUCUAAUCACUUGCCACGUUGACAUGUCCGUACCUGCUGUUUAGCGACACUUCCCCCACGUCGGAAGAUGAACCUCUGAGGAAACCUAUCCCGCUGCACGAGCAGACCGUCAAGGAUGAGAAGGGACGCUACCAGAGGUUCCAUGGAGCCUUCACUGGGGGAUUCUCUGCCGGGUACUUCAACACCGUGGGCACCAAAGAAGGGUGGACACCAGCCACCUUUGUUUCAUCCAGACAGCAGAAAGCAGGCAGACAGAAUGCCAGGCCAGAGGACUUCAUGGAUGAGGAGGACCUGGGGGAGCACGGCAUCGCCCCCAGACAAAUCACCACUACAGCUGACUUUGCCUCAGGCAGGACGGAUGUGAUCAGGGACAAGGCCAGAGUCAUCACCUCUCUAUCAGCCCCUAUCCCAGGGGACACUGUCCUGGAAGACUUGGUGGCUCCAGCUAGGUCCUCCAUGGGGGUCGAGUUACUGAGGAAGAUGGGCUGGAAGGACGGCCAGGGGGUUGGGCCCAGGGUGAAGAGGAGGCUGUGCAAGCAGAAAGCAGAUUCAAGGGUGUUCGGCUCGGCCUCGCCUCCCAACGGUUCGUCGGAAUCACAGGAUGAGGAGGACGGAGAGUUCGUCCCCGACAACGUGACCUUCGCUCCUAAAGACGUGACUCCUAUAGACUUCACCCCUAAAGUGGACCGUCACGGCCUGGGGUACCGGGGUCUGAACCCGCUGGCGGCCCUGAGGGGAGGUCCGGGCGCUGGACACAUCAACCUGUUCACCAUGGACUCAGACAGGACCAACAACCUGUUUGGAGAGGACAAGAAGGGACAGAAACGCAGAGGAGGAGUUGCAGGACAGGGGUUUGGUGUGGGUGCGAUGGAGGACGACGAUGACGACAUCUACCACAGAGACAUCAUGUCUAACUACGACACGGUGCUGGGAGGGGAGGAGCCUGGGGACGGCCUGUACGGAUGGACCGCCCCUCAGCAGUACAACAGGAAGAAGAAAGACCACAGUAAAGACGCUGCUUAUCUGGGUAAAAUCCUAGAAGGAUUCACCUUGUCCUCCGAUAAGAUAGAGGCCAAAACAAUCUUCCCUCCUCCCAACCUGCCCAGAGACUUCAGGCCGGUCCACUACUUCCGUCCCGUGGUGGACAUGUCCAGCGUCAGCCCCAUGGUAGCCCAGGCCCUGAAGACGUCUCGGGGACACAUGACCCAGGAAGAGCCCUCUAAGGGGGGACGCCACCAGCUGGACUCUGCCCAGAGGCGAGAGCUGCUAGGGGAGGCUGCACUGCAAGGCCCCAGCUCUGUGUUUGACCUGCUGAAGGCUGAGGACAGAGAGAGACUCUCCGGCCUCCGGAGGCCCUCCUCAGAUACCAGCUCAGGCCCCAGACAGCCCACCCCUGGGGAGACCAGAGCAGCUGUGGUGGCUGCAGGGGUGGCGGCUGCAGCAGCCAGAGCCUCCGCCCAGAAGGCCCUGUCUAGCAGGUUCUCACCCCAAGCAGAGCUGCAGCAGGAAGCUCUGAGUGUGUGGAGCGGUCCUACAGCCCAGGCCCAGACAGGACAGACCUUCAAACCCUUUGAGAGGACCCCUCAUAAACAGGCCCGAUACGACCUCUACAUAGACCAGCUCAAACAGGGAGACAGAGAUGCCCUGGAGUUGAGCUUGGACCCCACCAUGACGGAGUGGGAGAGAGGGAGAGAGAGGGACGAGUUUGUCCGUGCUGCUCUCCUCUACAAGCCCAGCAACUCCUCUCUGUCCGGUCGCUUCACCAGAGCGAAACAGGAUGACGGUGUGGAGGCAGACGCUGUGGAGGUGACACGAGAUCAGGAGAAUGAUGUGGACGACAAGCAGGCAGCCGUGAAGAUGAAGAUGUUUGGAAAACUGACCAGAGACACGUUUGAAUGGCACCCUGACAAACUGCUCUGCAAGAGAUUCAAUAUACCUGACCCCUAUCCUGGGUCAGGGUUUGUGGGAAUGCCCAAAGUGAAGAGAGACAAGUUCUCUGUGUUUAACUUCCUGACUGUAUCAGAGAGUCCAACAGCUAGUGCUUCCCCCGCUCCACAAGCUGUGAAGCCGUCUGAGCCAGGGAAGAGGUCCAGGUGGGAUGUGUCUGGCCAGGCUGGGGACAAGGAGAGGAAGGAGAAGGAUCCGGUCAGUGAGUUCCUCAGUGUGGCUCGUAUUGAAGCCUCUGGGUCAGGACCAGACACCUCUACUACUGAUGACCCUACAACGGAUCCUACUGGAGAGCCAGACAUGGAGAAGAAAGACGAGGAGGAGGAGGUGGAGGAGGAGGAGGAGAACAGGCCACCUAUGGAUCUGUUCAAGGCCAUCUUCGCCAGUUGUUCAGACGAGAAGUCUUCCUCUUCUUCUGAAGGAGAGAGUGAGGAGGAGGAGAAGGAGGAAGGUGUCCGGAGCAAGGCUGGGACCGGGCCUCAGAUAUCUAACCAGUUGAAUGUCAACACACCCCGACCUGCUCCUCCCGUGUCUGUGUCGGCUACACCCGGCCUGCACCCAGACGUUGUGUUCAAAACGCCCAGUGGUCCUGCCCCUCCCCCUCGGGACCAGGAAAUGGAAGAGGAGGAGUUUGGACCUCGGCUGCCUCCUGCUUCCUCUACAUUGACAGCAGAGCGCCGUCCGUCCCCAACUCUCUCUGCUAAGGACGACAAACACAAGAAGAAGUGUAAGGAGAAGCACAAAGCCAAGAAAUACGGCAUGCACAAGAAGGACAAAAAGCAGAAGAAGAAGCACAAGAGGCACAAGCACAAAGCCAAGCAGAAGAAGAGCAGUAGGAAGGAGGAGUCAUCAGACAGCAGCUCAGAGGGGAGUGACGGGAACAGCAAGGAGGACGGAGAGGAGGGAGGAGGGGUAUCAACAGAAGAGCUGCUCAAAAGGUUGAAGAGCAUCCGUGGGAAGAAUCUGCAGUGAAUCAGUGAACCGACAGACAACAGGAUCCACCGUGUCCUCCAUGAGGAUAGAUACCGGAGACGGGAGUCAGGAACCAUUCUGUAUGGCAUUUAGUCAGGAACCAUUCUGUAUGGCAUUUAGUCAGGAACCAUUCUGUAUGGCAUUUAGUCAGGAACCAUUCUGUAUGGCAUUUAGUCAGGAACCAUUCUGUAUGGCAUUUAGUCAGGAACCAUUCUGUAUGGCAUUUAGUCAGGAACCAUUCUGUAUGGCAUUUAGUCAGGAACCAUUCUGUAUGGCAUUUAGGAAGUCCAAUAGCCCUGUUGUACCUAUGCUGAUGAAAGAGGGUCUUACUUUACAUUUUUAAAUGUAAUUCUCAUGAGAUGUGAGUUUUUUUUGGCUGAUCAAUGUCUCGGGCUGAUUAUGUUGAGAGAUCUUGAAUUGUUACUAUUGUCUGUUAAUCAAUACAAAGGAGAUAAAAUAAAAAAAUAAAAACA